UAGCGAUAGCGCGUAAAUUCGUACAAAUAGUUGUAAUUCUAUGGACAUUUUUGAAUGAAUCGACCGGCUUCCCGAGGCGGUGCGCCUUCCAGAUUCAUACGUGGACGUGGGCGUGGAGGUGGUGGCUAUCGGCCCUAUUUUUAUUUCCGUCGCAAUGGCCGCGUCAUCCCUGCUGGCGGAAAUCGACAGCCGGGCCAAGAGGCUGCCGGCCCGGGCGCUGAUGCGGCUGAAGCAAGCCCACCGCCGGCAAGAGGCUGGAAUCGUCCGGCCAGUAGGCGCGGUCGCGACACCAACCUAGACUGCAGCUUUCUGCGGCCCGAGAACUAUGCAGCGCCAGAGGAUGGGCUGCUCGUGCAGAGCAUAGCGGUGGACAAUCCCAAGGCGUGUCCCGGCUGGCGGCUGUACUUUCUGCGCGACACCUACACGGCGGACAGUGACCUGGCCAAACGCAUCACUGCCGUGGAGGCACACUACCAGCGCAAUCCGCAAAAGUACGACUUUGUGCGGAUACGGGAGCAGGGAUUCUUCAAGCUGCCCGCCCUGGGCAUCGUUCACGACGAGCAGCUGAAGCAGGUGUGGCCUCAGCUGACGGAGGAUCUGCGCGAGCAUCCGCUGCGCACAAUGUCCACCCUGGCCGUGGCCAUGCACACGGUGGUGCUCAAUCACAGCCUGGACACGAAUGAGACGUUGGCCACCCGCCUCGAGUCCACCCUGGAGCAGUAUGUGCCGCCACCGACCCGCAUACGCAAGAUCUACGUGCGCCCCGAGGACUUUACGCCAGUGGAGCUGACCACAGGCAUCAGCCACGACCGCGUGGACACGCUGUUCUCGGUGCGCGGCAUUGUGAGCAGCGUGGGUGAACCGACGUACAGCAUUGCCUGGCAGUCCUUCCGCUGCGCGCGCUGCCAGGCGGAGCAGGCGAUGCGUCAGCGCGGCACCUUCCAGCCCCGCCCCUACCUCUGCAAGCAGGCGCAGUGCGUGGCCAAGGAUAACUUCGUGCCGCUGCGGAGCUCGCCGUACACGCGCAUAGCGGCCAAGCAGAUCGUGCGGCUGGAGGAGUCCAGUCUGUCGCUGAUCACGGACCAUGACAGCAUACUGCCUGGGGAGAUGGAUGUGGAGCUGCGCCACGAUCUGGUGGACUGCGUCCACGUGGGCCAGGAGAUUGUCGUCAACGGGGUGCUCAAGCUGCGGGAUCUUGGCGAGGAUGUGGCCACCGGAGCUGGAGCUUCCAACGAGAUGAAGGCCUACCUCAAGGCUGCGAGCAUCCAGGAUGCGCACCGCAAGCUGCGAGAGUUCAGCGAGCGCGACCUGGAGGCCAUUGCCAUGAUCAAUGCGGAGCCGAACAGCUUCAAGCUGCUGGUGCAGUCCCUGGCGCCAGAGAUGCACGGCCACGAGCUACCCAAGGCCGCCUGCCUGCUCUCGCUGCUUGGCGGCGGCGAUGGAGGGGUCAAUGUGCUGCUUGUGGGCGAUCCAGGCAUCGGCAAGUCAAAGAUGCUGCAAAGCUGCGCCCAGAGCACGGAGAGAGGAUCGCACGUAAGCGGCAAACGCGGCGCCCAGUCCGCCCAGAGGCUGGGUCCGACCUUCGCAGGGCGAAACAAGCGCGUGCUCCAGGCUGGGGCACUGAUGACGGCGAGCAGUCGCGGCCACUGCAUCCUGGACGAUGUGGACAAGCUGGCCUCGAAGCAGGCCGUGCUGCUGCAGUGCAUGCAGUCGGGCGAGAUCAACAUGCCGCUGCCGGGCGCCUUCUCCACGUUCCUGGCCCAGCCCUCGAUCAUCGCCUCUGCCAAUCCCCAGCGGGGACAGUACGACGAGGGGCGCUACCUGCUGCAGAACAUCCACAUUGUGCCCAGCCUGCUCAAGGAGUUCCAUCUGGUGUACGUCCUGCUGGACAAGCCCUCGGCCGAGCGCGACAUCUCCCUGACGGCCCAUGUACGUGCCCUCCACGCAGGGGCCAAGAAGCGAGCCCAGAUAGCGGCGCGCUAUGCGAUCAAGCCCAAGACCAGCCACUCCAUGUGCGAGGGCACCUUCUACGAGGCGAGGGCCGACGAGGAGAACAGCGAAACCGACAGCAUUAUGGAGCAGGACUACGACCUGGACAAGCGCCUGGAGCUGCUGGGCGAGGAUGCCGAACUGGACCUGCUGCCCCCCAUAUUGAUCAAGAAAUUCCUGGCCUAUGCACGCCAGCAUGUGACUCCGCUGCUGAGCGAUGCGGCCAGCCGCGCCAUCGAGCGAUUCUUCAUGGAGCUACGCGGCGGCGGCGGCCGGGCCGGAGUGCAGGAAGCCGAGCAGAGCCAGAUCGGAUCGGGGCAACUUCUCGGUCUGAUUCACCUAUCACAGGCACGAGCGCGCCUGGACCUGUCCAACACUGUCACUCCGCAACACGUGCGUGACGUAAUCGCCCUGCUAGCCGAGAGCAUCACCCAGACCAGCAUCAAGGCGGCGGCGUGCGGGGGAACGGGACGCCGUAGAGCUCCCGCCGCUGGAGGAGGCGGAAGAGGCUCUCAACUGCGCAAUUUUGUGCACAUGAUGCAGUUGCGCGCCGUUGCGCUGGGACGGCGCAUCUUCGAGUUCGAGGAACUGAAGGAGAUUGGGACGCGGGCGGGCAUAUUGACGGGCAUCGGCCAGCUGGUGGAGAUAGCCAACAUGGGCGGACAUUUGCUCAAGAAGGGCGCAAACAUGUACGAAGUGGUUCCGGACUAGACAAAUGGCAGUGUCAAUAUUUAAACCAAGUCCACACAUUUUAGUCUGCGUCUAAGUAGAACUCUCGCUAAAUGUUUGCGCUUUUGUCAAGUUGUCGCGUUACACUGUUAAGCUUACAAAACGGUUCAGUAGCCACCGAAAGGCUUAUCAAAUGGGAAUCCCUUGCUUGACUUGUGAGUAUCGGAAAUUUCCAUAAAUUAUGCCUCUCAUUCAUAGACGAGAACUUGCCUUUAUUCUGUGAGAAAAAAAGAAUUUUCGUUGUAUACUUUCGAGAGGAACAAGUAAUAAACGCAGUAGAAUGCUAUCAGAAUUAGUUAAAGUAAAAAUCAGCAGAUAUAUAUUCAAUUUUCUUUUUGUCAGACUUGAGGAAUCAUAAACGAAUGCCUCAGAUUAAGUUUUAAGUCACCUUUUCCAUCUCCCUGCUAAGGUUUUGAGGAUUUCUUUAAAUAGUUAUCCCUGUU